AUGAUGUUAUGGAGGGCGUUUCAACCUUAUGGUGUAAUGAAGGAUGCGUAUGUAGCACGGAAGAAAGACUCAAGGGGGAAUCAUUUCGGAUUCAUUCGAUAUGAGGGUGUUCGUGAUGUGAUGGCAACACUUCGGGGAAUGAAUACGGUUACAAUUUUCGAAGCAAAGGUGAGUGUAUCGGUAGCUAAGUUUGAUAAGAACCAUAGGGCAUUCCAACGUAUUAGUUAUGGUGAUACGGCUGGUAAACAACAUCGUCCACUGCCACCGAGAGAAAACCCGGCUACAAUAAAAAAACCGAUUUACGAAUACAUGCCUGUCAAAAAUGGAAGGUCAUAUUCAGAAGUUGUCAAAGGGAACGAGGUGACAAAAAAGGGAGAAGUCAAAACGGUGAUAGCAGAGGAAAGGAUUGCGAUAUACCCGGACCAUUGCAUGAUGCGGGCGGUAAUAAUAGAACUAAAAAAUGUAUUAGCCCUGAAGGAGAUAAGGAGGAUGUUGGAUGAUGGGGGUUAUAGUAUGUACCCAGUAUCAUAUCUGGGUGGUUUAAAAUGCAUGGUAGUGUUCAAAACAAAAAGAGAGGCAGUGGAAUUCCUGGAUAAUAGUGGGUAUGGAAGGGAUCAACUAGUCGAGUCUGCAUCACUUUGGACAGGUCAAGAUAUGCAAUAUGAUCGGUUAAUCUGGCUUAGGAUAACCGGUAUCCCCAUUCACCUUAGGGAUAGUAAGCUGUAUGAUAUGGUGGGAGGGUGUUUUGGGAGAGUAGUGGGUGAAUCGGAUUUCUCCUAG